AUGGAGAGGAGAACUUUCGGUGUUAUCUUUUUCUUCCUUCUUAUUGUUAUUGCAUCUCAGGAUGGAGUGAUUAAGCAAGCAGAGGCAAGGGACUGUGAAUCACAGAGCCAUGGAUAUAAAGGGACAUGCCUUAGGGACAGUAAUUGCUGUAUAGUUUGUCGUCAAGAAGGUUUUUCUGGUGGAAAAUGUGUUGGUUUCCGUAAACGUUGCUUUUGCACUCGCAAAUGUUAAGGAUAGUGGAGAUGGAAUAUGUUUGCUUUAAUGCAUGUGUUGUUUGAGUUCGAUCCACUUCUAUUGAUUUCGUUGUUACUGUCUUUUGUUUGAUCUUUGUGAGAUUGUACCACCUAGUUCUUUGUUUCUAUCUUUUGAAGGGUUUAUUUAGAAAUAAAUUAAAUAAACUUGAAGU